AUGACUCGCAACGAGCCCCAGGAGCCCCGUAAUCGCUCCAAUAGCCUGUCCGCCGCAUGGUCCUACCUCUGGCGCGGUUCAAAGCAACAGCAUUCAAAUCAUCCUCAACAAACACAUCCUCAGACCAACGUCCCCAGUCGCUCUGCUAAACCUGUAACCAUCAAGGAAGAAGAAAGCGAUGACGACGAGGACAGAGCCUUGGGUAAGGGGAUCACCCGGAAAGUUUUACCCCAACAACGCCGCUCGACUUCCAGUGUGCAAUCCAGCCCUGCAGGGAGCUCGACCACAUCGCCAAGGAUCGAACCCUCCAGGACGUCCCUCAAUCUACAACGCCAACAACCACAGCAGCAGCAGCAGCAGCAAAAACAGCCAUCUGCUCUCGAGAGGAUCGCAAUACACAACGGCAACAUCAACAGUGCCCUAGCCUCCACCAUGCACCAUUCCAUGUCUUUGCCGCCUCUAAGCCGAGUCGGCGACAUGAAGGACGCGAUCUUCCACGAAAGCGCUUUGGCGCCUCUUGCAGAAGAAAAUCAGCAUCAUUACCAUCCUCAAUUGCAACAGCAGGACCGGCAGCGCCCUCGGCAUGGGCGUCAAUUGAGUGUCCCAGAGGUUUACAAACACAAAGGAACAACCACCCCUGGGACAGAGACGGCGACAACACAGCCCGACAGGCUGCACAAGAUGUUUUCGCCCAAGGACGGAUGUGGAAACGAAUCUGCUGACUCUACGGCGCACUCGACAGCAACGACGGGCGCACAUCGAUCCUCAUCUCCUGCAUCGUGCUGCUCUGUCUCGUCCGCGUCAUGUCCCUCACCUCCUUCAGACAAGGAGAGUAAUAUACCCGGCCCGUCUGCACGAUCGACUGCUGCCUUCAGGCCAAGCAGGGGCCUUUCUUCAUCUUCAUCCUCACCCUCGCCUCCGUCGGUCAUUGGACUGGGUCUUAUCGGCGUUCAUGGCUCGCAAGAGUCCUCGGACCUGCUUUCGCAGUUCGUCACACCUACAUCGGGCCCGUCCUACUUCGACAUCACCCCAUCCACGACUCACACGAAUCUAUCGCCUCCGCUUUCUAUGAAAUCAUCAGCCUUCGUGACCAAGACACCAGGACGUCGCGCGAAGCGAAUAUCUGGCAACAGUAUUUCAUCGACUAUCACCAAUGGCGGCAUGUCAUCUUCGCGGCGGAUCUCCUGCACAGACACGGCCAGUCAAAAUUCGGCAUCCUACAUCGAUGAACGCGAUGUCGAAGUCGACGAGAACUCUUUUUACAUUCAUCUCCAAAAGAUGCAGGAGCGAUACCAAGCGCAACAAGAGCCAGGUUGGCUCCGAACCCAACACGCCCUUCUUCAGGCCAAACACAGGAUACCGGGAUCGGGAUCCCCACAGUCCGAACACAAGAGUGUAUUUGGGGGUCGAAAAUCGGGUCUCCUGAAUGGGCCACAGCCGUUCUUGUCCCGCAUCCAUUCCAACAACAGCAGCCCCAACAAUAGUGACUACAGCUCCUCGCCUUCGUUCCAUCUGGGCUUUCAGCAUAACCGCCAGGGAGCUUCCGGGUUGGGCUCUACGCACCGCCACCAAUCCGUUCAGCCCUAUAAUUGUCUCCAACCUGGCAAUAUCAUCUGCGUGCCCAGGGAGCGAAGCCUGGGCGGUUUGGUCUUUCACAAGUCCUUUGUCGAAACACACAUUUUGACGCCUUCGCCGUAUUACCGUGGACAGUACCUUACAUUGGACCAUAAGGUUGUGGAAAUCGACAAGGAUUAUGUCCGGGAAAUAUCAGGAUUUGCUCACCCUCGUUCGGUGCAGAUUUUGGCAGAGGAGAUGGUGUACAAUGGGUCGUCCAAGAAGCCCCUCCGCGUAUUGGUUCUUGAGCGACCUUUAGAAGGGGACGGGAUUGUCCCUACAAGGCCCUAUGAUGGUCUUGUGAUGCCUAGUUUGCGCCAAUUUUCAAGUGAUUUGGCAUUCUUGGAGUCCCUUCCAGAGCUUAGUCGGGCACUGUGCGAUUUCAACAAUCUCUGCCAGGAAUUUGAGAACACCUAUGUCUACAUUCGCGGAUUUGCAGCCUACACCCUUGAAAAGCUGCGACUCAUUUACGGGAAAGCCCACCGCGACUGCGUCGGGGACUCUGUCAAACUGCAAAAAAUGCUUAACCGAGGCACCCAAGCGGAGCAGGACAGCUUUGCAGAGUUGAUGGAGAACAUCGUGCUGGGAAAGCUGUAUCAGAAGCUAUUUAUCCACUCACUUGUGCCUUGUUACUCGCAACGGGAUGUCGAAAUUGACGCCAUCAUUGCAAAAUACCAUCGUCACCUCUUCUCUAUUGGGGCUCAUCGAGGUAUCGACGGCGGGGCGUGCUUGGCCGCAACGGAUGGACCAAUGCUACAAGAGACCCUGAAGAAGCUAGGACUUUCGGAAAAGUGGCGAAACAUGCGUGUUGAUCACGCAUUGGACGGAGCAGCUGGUCUGUUCCGUGCCUGGGACCAGGAUUGUCAAUUUGACGCGUCCAGACCUUUUUCUUCGUCAAGACAGCAAGGUUUUGGGGCGAACCUGCUCCAGGAAACUGAGCAGGAGAGAAAGAGGCGGCAGCUGAGAGAAUCUUUGCGCAUUUUCGUCCAGGAUGAGAAGUACAGGGCCGAGCAGCGACAAGUCAACCAUGCGAUUGGGUCCCGUGAGAAUGAAAAUGAGAUUGAGGACGAAGAGGAGGAUUCUGCAGCGAACGCCGUAUGGAAUACACCCCUGGAGAAAGCACACUGCAUCAAGCUGGUCAUGGACAUGAUCGCUACUGUUGCAGAGGACCAUCUUAUGAAUGGACAGGGGUUCGGAUUUGUGCAGAGGAAGCGCUCAGAGGUUUCUGUUACUACGGAUGAUUUUAUACCCCUGCUUGCACUUGUUAUCAUCCAGGCAAGGAUGAUGCGUCUGGGCAGCAACAUAUUUUACAUCCAGAGAUUCCGCAUCAACACCCCUAAGUCGGAUCUGAACUUUGCCCUGGUGACGUUUGAAGCGUCUAUUGAGUUCCUCAAGACAGACCCACUAGGUCUCCUAGGUGCGGAGCAACCUUCGUCCGCCAGCCAGCAUUCGGUAUCGCGAAAUUCGUUCCAGGGUUCCCAGUCCCGUCUUGAGACCGAGCAGAGAAGUCCAGCGGAAGAGAUCCAGGUCCUUCCCUGGGGAACACCCUCUCACACGGGUUGGGGAUUCUCGCCUCCAAAGGCCUCGUCUGAAAUCCCGUCGUUCGAUUUGCUGACGUCCAACUCUGAAAAGAAUACUUCAAUGGCAACCCUUGCGGAGUCAUCGCCGAUGCGCCCACCUCUAAGUGGUCGUCUAAGCAGCGACUAUUCGCUACAGUAUCAGCAACGUCAUGCAAGAUCGAUCUCCAUGAAUUUUGAUGACCGCUAUCGCAGAAUGGUCCAGGGAGAAGAUGCAGGGAGUCUGUCGAGCAACAACAGCAGCUGGUCGAAAAGCCCAAUGCUCAGUCCCCGAUUCACUUCAGGAGCAAACUCACCCCUUGGAGCAAACCCCCUCAGCUACGGCGUGUUUCCAAGUUCUUCAGAAACUGGCCCUGGCUUGCUGAGUCGUCGACCAACACAUCAGCUGCAACAAAUAUCUCAGCGACACUCGCUCUCGGGUGGUCAGUUACCCAUAUGUACUCAGGCUCAACAGAAUGGUCAUCUUCACCGAAUCUCAUUUGAGCAAGGACGCGAGACCAUGAGUCGAUCGACAAUCUUGCCUCUUCAAUCUCCUAAUAUGACACCUCAGCUCGUGGUCAAGCCCCAGAUCAUGUUGCCACCACCAAAGACACCUCCAAUGAGCGGACAAAACACUUCGGGACGAGCGCGACCAAUUUCCAUGGUUAUGGUGGGAGCCCUUGCAUCUUCGGCAUACUCAAGCUCAUAUGGCGGACCCGGUACCAGCAUGCCUCGCAAGUCUUUCUCCUCCAACCAUUCUAGUCCGGCCACCAGCCCUCGACUGGGCCCCGGUUUGGGAAGUAGACCUGGUUCACGUUCCAACAGCCUUUUAUCAGGCCCGUUCCCGAUGCUGCGUGCCAACUCUAUGAGCACGGUCCUCACGGCCAGUGAGUUGUCGCACGGGUCACGGAUGUCUGACAAAUCCAGUGACCAGGCCGAGCUUAUGUCCCCAAUGUCUCCGAUGUCGCCGUGGUUGUCCAACGAUCAGGUUUUGCAAUCGCCUUCAAUCCCUUCCUCACCUACACAAAUGGGUGGGUCGCUGGCGCUGCCUGAACUGCUGUUUUCACUACAGCAACAGGAGCAGAAACAGCAGCAACAGCAGCAGCAACAGCAGCAGCAGUCUAAGACGCCACAGACUACCAAGUCAGGGUGUAGCCGGUCGGAAGGAACCGCACCAGGUCGUAUUCGCACAUCAUCCUCUUCCACGAUGUCAUCUAUCUCGACCCCUACGACCCCUUCCACCUUCUCUUCCGCAAGUGCGAGUACGUUACUGGAUUCAUUGAAUGCGAACGCACAGCUGGCAAGCCCUCCUACCACGUCAGGCCCUUCUUUUGUGAACAGCAAGGGUGCUCAUCCACUAGAGACUGCUCCCGCUUCAUCCUCCUCCUCCAUUGCUCCUUCCAGCAGUACAACAGGCAGCGUGCGUUCUCAGAGGUCAAGCAACAGCAGGCACAACUCGUUGCGAUUGUCUCUACCAAGACUGUCGCUCUCACCUUCAGCACCAUCUACUGCGUUUUGCAAAACCACAGUGACCGCAGCGGCUACCCACGCCACGACGAGCGUGGAUGACCUGGAACCGGCCUCGACAGUUCUGGAAACAGAUCAGUAUGAAAUAGCAACACCGACAGUGACGGUGGCGACCCCUACCGCAGAACUGCAGCCAAACGGCUGCGUUAAUGAAGGACUGGAGACGGAAUCGUCUGUGACGCCAAGAGAGACCACGGGAGCGCAUCAGAAGGUGGACAGCGGCAAGUAUAUCAGUCACCAUGGAGAGGAUAACAGCCAUAGCAUGGAUAGCACAGCCAGCACUGGCAUAAGUACCAUCAGCAGUGGCGGACCCAAGGCCUAUCACAAGACCAAUCAUAGCAUGGGCAACGGCGGCAAUAACGGCGCUAUCAUGGAGCACUUCAGUCAUGGUACUGCUCUGGAUUUCGAGCAGCGUUUCCGUGAUGAGUUCUGUCUCGAUCUACAGCAACAGCAACCAAUCCCGGAUGGCCGACGCGGGAGUGCAACGAGCUUGAGAGGCGCCAGACCGGUGAGCGGCUUCCAGCCCGAGAAGGUGAUCUUGCUCUGGAACCAGACCCCAGCGGGUAGUGCUGUUGUUGAAAACAAUGGGAACAACCACGGAGCUGGUGGUGCUACGACUGGAGGACAGCGCGUCAAGGGUAGUCUUGGCACCAACAACAGCCGGUUGACGGUGUCGAAUGGCGACUUGCCGUCAUCGUCGUCUGCAUCGUUGUACUCUCAUUCGCAUUCGUCGCGUCCGUAUACGCCGCGUCUGGGACAUGAUAUACCGGCGGCAGGGUCGUUUGUGAUGACGGAGGAUCCCCAGCAGCGGACACGCGAGAUGAUGGGGGACUUUUUGAGCGAGCUGGCUAAAGUCGAGGACGGUGAUGUGCUUGUAGGCAACGGACGCCAUGGGGUGAUGAUUCGCCAGUAG